CCGCCAACAUUUGAGCCUCCCGCCAUCAAAAGCAGAGAUGGUGUCAGAGAAGGAUAAAACUGGUAUCCGAAGAUUUGUGAAGGGCCAACUCCGCAAUGAACCAGACCUAAGCACGUUGACCUUGGGAAUACUGAAAAAACGAUAUCUGGCUCUUACAGGAUAUGAAUCAUUAAGUUCUGACGCAAAACAAAUUAUGAAGCAGGUGGUGAAAGAAGAGCUUAUGAAACUGCAGGAAAACAAUGACAGCGACUCUGAAACUACAGAAUCACAGAAACCACAAAAGAAAAGGAAGAAAGAAAGCGAGGAGCUGGAAAAUGAAGAUGAAACGGAAUCCAAGGCAAAGAAAUCCAGAUCACAAGCAUUGACCUCUUCAUCAGAUUCUGAGGAUGAGCCGAACUGUAAAGAAAAAAGUCAAAGCAAAGAACAAGUCAGUCCGCUGCCUAAAACUAAAGUAGCAGCAGAAGAAUCUGACCAUGAACAUGAAAGCGAAGCUGAACCUCGUGUGUCAGGUGAUGAUUCUUCAUCUGAAGAGUCAGAAAAGAGUGGGCAUGAGAGUCCAAGUCCUGAGAAAAUUGUGAAAAAGAAGGCCAGUGCUGCCAAAAAGGAAGAGAUUAGAACCACCGAUACAAGUGGAGGAGAAAAACCACAGAGAAGUGAUGAGGAGAGUGAAAGUGAUGCAGACAGCAAGUCAGAGAAAAGUGACAAAGACGGGGAGGAAGAUUCCUCUGCCGCUAAAAAAGAAGAAGAUGUGAAGAAGCAAAAUGAUUCCGACUCAGAUUCAUCUUCACUGCCUUCACUAGAGGAUGAGCGGAAAAGCAGCCCGAAAAAAAACAAAAAUGAAAAGAAAAAGAAAGCAAACGUGGGCAAAAAGAACGGAGGUCAAAAGGAGGAAGACAAAGCAGUUGUGCGACUCAAACGUUACAUCGCCCUCUGUGGUGUAAGGAAGAAUUACAAGAAGCUGCUAGAUGACUGCCGUUCCAUUCGCUCCAAAGUGGCUGUUUUGAAGAAGGAACUGGAAGACCUUGGUGUCCGUGGUAACCCUUCUAUUGAGAAAUGUAAGAAAAUUCGAUUAAAGAGGGAGGAAGCUCAGGAACUGGCUGAACUUGAUGUCCACAAUAUCAUCACCACUCAAGGUCGGCCUAAACGCAGAGGAACCUCAGCCAUGUGGGAACUGAAAGACCCUCCAUCCAAUUAUCAUCGCACUUUGAGCUCUGAUUCCGAUAGUGAUCGGGAAAACGUUCCUCUCAAAGGACGCAGAAAGAUGUCAGAGUGGGCCAACCUGCAUGGAAUCAUUAGCGACGAUGCAGACACUGACUAAACAUGGACUGUGUCACUUUUGUUUGUUGUUGAAUUGUGCAUUCAUACAUAUUUUGUAAACCUUUUAAUAAAAAAUUUGAAGUCGCUUGUUUUAAUGUUCCAGCUAAAAUAAAAGUUGUUUGAUAUUAUUUAUAUUU